AUGGUGUGUGAGUCUAUUUUCAAGCUAUUGAAGAAAGACGCCCCGACAAAGUGGAUUGAAGAGUGUCAGACUGCUUUUGAAGCUAUCAAGAACUAUUUGUCCAAUCUACCAGUAUUGGUUCCUCCACGGGAAAGGAGUCCUUUGUUGUUGUACUUGUCUGUCUCAGAUAGUGCAUUCGGAUGCUAUGAACCGCUUAAGACUUAUUUUCAUGGUAAAGAAGUGGCAUUUGUGGGUGAAGAUAUUUUUGAGGCAUACCCUGGUUGGAGAUUAUUCUUCGAUGGAGCGGCGAACCAUCAAGGUAAAGGUAUUGGGGCGGUUUUAGUGUCAGAAUCUCGGCAUCAUUACCUCAUGGCAUCUAAGCUCCAAUUUAAUUGCACAAAUAACAUGGCUGAAUACGAAUCUCGUGUUCUCGGGUUGAAGAUGGCCAUCGACAUGAAUGUUUACGAGUUGUUGAAGCUGCGCAAGAGGUUUUGUAAGAUCAAGUUUAGGCACACUCCCAGAAUAAAAAAUGAGUUGGUUGAUGCUCUUAACACCAUCACUUUGAUGAUUAAACAUCCUAAUAUAGAUUAUAUUGAUCCUCUGGGUAUAGAGUUGAAGGAACAUCCAGUCCAUUGUUCUCAUGUUGAAGAAGAACUGGACGCUUGUGGUAUGGAUUUCAUCGGUCCGAUAGAGCCAACCGCUUCUAAUGGACACAGAUUCAUUUUGGUUACCCUUGAUUACUUCAUCAAGUGGGUGGAAGCAGCUUCUUACAAGUUCGGAGUACCAGAGUCGAUCAUUACUAAUAAUGGUGCAAAUCUCAACAGUCACUUGAUGAGAGAGAUAUGUGAGAAAUUCAAUAUUACUCACCGAAACUCAACUUCUUAUCGCCCUCAAAUGAAUGGAGCUAUGGAGGCUACCAAUAAGAACAUCAAGAAUAUCCUGAGGAAGAUGAUUGACAAUCAUUGA